UCAAGUUUUGAUAAUUGUAAUGUCGUCAGCAGACUGGCACAAAUAUUUGGCGAAUAAAUAAUCUAAUGAUUAAUAUUUUGUCCGAGUGCCAAGCUAGUAAUGCAGCUAAGCUAGCUAAAGUAGCGAAAAGGAAACUGCACGACAUGGUAACGUUAGCUAGCUAGUAACGUACGUACAUUUUUAGCCGUAGCCGACUAAACUCAGCUAUUUUGUGGGCGGGCUGGAUCUCUGAUGUAACAUACAAUGACGUUUUUUAAUCCGAACUACUGAUUUCAGAUCACAAAGAAUAGCACCAGUAACACAGAACAUUUUGUAUAAUUGCGGCCUUUUCUUCGGGUUGUAAUGCCGCGUUCAAGACAACUGGGAACUCGUGGAUAAACGAGCUGCGACCGGAUAGCUAGCGACUAACGUUAGCUAGUAAACUUGCUAACGUAUAUACACAUUAUCAAGAUUGUGAUUUAAUUAAUAUUAAAAGAUAACUAUGAGUGGAUGUCGAGUUUUUAUCGGUCGUUUGAGCCCUCAUGCGCGUGAGAGGGACGUGGAGAAAUUCUUCAAAGGUUAUGGAAGGAUCCGAGAAGUAAAUUUGAAGAACGGAUUCGGCUUUGUGGAGUUUGACGACCACAGAGACGCUGAUGAUGCAGUUUACGAGCUGAAUGGCAAGGAACUCUGUAGUGAAAGGGUGACUAUAGAGCAUGCCCGCUCCAGAAGAGGCAGGGGUGGUGGACCCGGGAUGGGCGGCGGAGGAGGAGGAGGACGUUUCUCACCUCGUUUCAGCAGCUACCGCCAAGGGUCUGGUGAUCGCCGCGGUGGUGGAGGUGGUGGCGGCGGCUCCAGUAGGUAUGGUCCUCCGGUGCGCACUGAACACAGAAUCAUCGUGCAGAACCUGUCGUCACGUAUCAGUUGGCAGGACCUGAAAGAUCUCAUGAGGAAAGUUGGAGAGGUCACCUUUGUGGAUGCCCACCGAACCAACAAGAAUGAAGGGGUGGUGGAGUUUGCAUCACACAGUGAUAUGAAGAACGCCCUUGAUAAGCUUGACGGAACAGACUUGAAUGGACGAAAGCUGAAACUGUCUGAGGAUCGCAAGAGCCGCCGCAGCAGGAGUCGUUCCCGUGGCUCUCGCAGCUACUCCCGGUCACGUAGCCGUUCCCGGUCCCCCCGUUCCAAGUCCCCCAGCCGUAGCAGGAGCCGUAACCGCUCCAGGAGCCCCCGCUCCCGGUCCCCCCGCUCCGCCAGCCGUACUCCGGAGAAGAAGCCUGCCUCAGGAGGAGGAGGGGGCAGGGCUGCACAUCGCUCCACUUCACGUUCCCGUUCCAAAUCCCAUACCCCUCCCGCACGCUCUCAUUCCCGCUCUCCUGCCCCCCGUUCCCGCUCUCCUGCCCCCCGUUCCCGCUCCCCUGCCCCCCGUUCCCGCUCCCCUGCCCCCCGUUCCCGCUCCCCUGCCCCCCGUUCCCGUACCCCUCCCCCACGCUCCCGUUCUCCUGCCCCGGCCCGGAAGCCGUCCCGGUCUCGUUCCCCCUCGGUGGAGAGCCAGCACUGAGCUGCUCUGAGUGAGCUGUUUAGGAAUAGUCCAGUGGAGGGAGUAGAGACUCAUUGGAAUGGCUGUUUAGGAUUAGUCCAGUGGAGGGAGUAGAGACUCAUUGGAAUGGCUGUAAUGGACCACUGAUAAGGUUCUGUUUAUUCCAUACCAAUGAGUCUGUCCUCCUGAUUUUAAAAGUGACCAUCAGUCUCCACUGGUGUAGUGCUAUGUAUGGACUGAAGGGAAUGUCAUGCUGGAACCGUGGCACCUGGCAUUGUGCCUGCCUGCCUGCCUGCUAGUGGGGUUGUAAUGAAGAGGAGCCUUGCCUUGGGUGUAAUGCCCUCUCUCCCACAAUCUAAUUUUAAAAUCUGAGCUUUAGUCCUGGUUGGUUCAGUUCCUCUAGGCCCUGGACUGGUUAUUUUAUGAUUAUAGGUUGGAUCCUGCGUCCCCCAAUUCAACUAUUAAUUUACUCCUUAUUGCUAUCUGAAUAAUUAAAGAGUUUCCUUUUGAAAACCAAACUUUUUUUUCUUUUAGUUAAUGAAAUGUACAGUGUGAUUUGAGAGCUUUUGAUUGGGUCGCAGUCCUGUUGAAUAUCUGUAUCGUUGUCCCUGCAGGUUUGUAAGUCUCAUUGUGAUUGGUUAAGUUGUAUGAAAUGUACCUUGUAUUUUUUUUUUGUUGAAGUUAACUUUGUCUAAUCAAUACAAUGGUUUUUUUUCUCCGUUGUUUUUGUGCUUAUUUGUGUUCCGAUCCACACCUCUCAACAGUUAAGUUAAACUGCACCCAAAAUGAUUCAAGUAAUUUAAUCUAAUAUUGUGUUUUGUUGCGUUUCAACAUUGACUGAUGAUGCUGAGAAAUACUGAAUAAGCAUUUCACAAAUUUAAGUGAAUGUAAUUUUUUUUUAUAUAUAAACAUAAGACUACAAUUGCAUAGUCUAAACCAUCAUUUCUAAGUGUGCAUGCUGUGAUCUUCGGUGUACUCGAUGGGCGAGGCCCGAGUGUAGGUGUGGAAUAUUCCGGUCAUCGUUUGACUGUUCAAAAUAUUUGAACAAAAAAAUGUCAUUAUUUACACGUGGCUCUGGAGAUCUGAUGUCAUUGGUUUUUCUGCAGCUUUCUUUUUAGAUUCUGCUCGUCUACAUUUUGUGGUCUUACCCGAUACGAGGCAGACUGCGAGGUCUGCAUGUUGUGGCAGAUAAGGACAUGUCUGUCAAAACUGAUUUGCUACAAAUAAAACAGUCCUCGCAAAUGUA